AAUAUGAUCCGCUAAAACCCGGUCUAACAACCCGGCUAGUGCCCAAAUUAAGAAAAACUAGCAAACAAUGACGGACCAGGUCUGUAUCUAGGGUUUCUCUCCCAGUCAUCUACAUCGGCAAUAUUCUGUUCUGUUUGAUUCCCCAGAGAAACGCUGAUGUCGAAGCGCAAGUUCGGUUUCGAGGGCUUUGGCAUCAACCGACCGGCUACCUACAACUUUGAGCGUUCGCAGGCUCCGGCCCGCCUAUACGUUCCGCCAUCUUCCCGUCGCCGUGGCGGCGACAACUAUGAGGACCAGGACCUAGACAACAUCGACUACGACGGUGCAGAGCACCGGUCGGACGACGGAGAAGGAUCCCCCGGUGGAGGCGAAGGAGAUGCAGGAGAGAUUGACCCUCUCGACGCUUUCAUGGAGGGGAUCCAGGAAGAGAUCCGUGCCCCGCGGCCUCCGCCUGCUGGGAAGGCUAACGAGAAGGAUGACAGGUUCCGGGAUGAGGACGAGGAUGAUCCCGUGGAGAGUUUUAUGAGAGCAAAGAAGGAUGUGGGGCUAACUCUAGCUGCGGAGGCUCUAAAUGCUGGAUAUAAUUCGGAUGACGAAGUGUACGCUGCUGCAAAGGCCGUGGAUGCUGGGUUGCUGGAGUAUGAUUCGGACGAUAACCCGAUUGUGGUGGAUAAGAGGAAAAUUGAGCCUCUCCCUGCGUUGGAUCAUAGCGCGAUGGAUUAUGACGCAUUCAACAAGGAUUUCUAUGAAGAGAACUCGUCUAUAUCUGGAAUGAAUGAGCUAGAUGUUACAGAAUAUCGGAAAAGCUUGGCAAUACGAGUUUCUGGGGUUGAUGUACCAAAGCCAAUAAAAAACUUUGCAGAUUGUGGUUUUUCUACUGUGUUAAUGAAUGCUAUAUCAAAGCAGAGUUAUGAGAAACCAACUCCAAUCCAGUGCCAGGCUUUACCAAUUGCACUUUCUGGAAGGGACAUUAUUGGUAUUGCAAAAACAGGUUCUGGCAAAACAGCUGCUUUUAUACUACCAAUGGUCGUUCAUAUAAUGGAUCAACCUGAACUAAAAAAGGAAGAGGGCCCUAUUGGUGUAGUAUGUGCUCCUACAAGAGAAUUAGCACAUCAAAUAUAUCUGGAAGCAAAGAAGUUUGCGAAGUCACAUGGUUUGCGGGUCAGUGCUGUCUACGGUGGAAUGUCCAAGCAUGAUCAGAUAAAAGAACUGAAGGCUGGCUGUGACAUUGUUGUUGCCACUCCAGGCAGACUAAUAGACAUGCUCAAGUUAAAGUCCCUAACAAUGUUGAGAGCUACUUACCUUGUUCUAGAUGAAGCUGACCGGAUGUUUGAUCUUGGGUUUGAGCCACAAAUACGGUCAAUUGUAGGUCAGAUAAGACCAGAUAGGCAAACUCUACUUUUCUCUGCUACCAUGCCUCGCAAAGUUGAAAGGUUAGCUAGAGAAUGUCUCACUGAUCCUAUUAGAGUUACAGUCGGUGAGGUUGGAGUGGCUAAUGAGGACAUUACUCAAGUUGUUCAUGUAAUUCCUUCUGAUUCUGAGAAAAUGCCAUGGCUCCUAGAGAAACUUCCUGGACUGAUUGAUAAUGGUGAUGUCCUCGUUUUUGCAUCAAAAAAGGUUACUGUGGAUGAAAUUGAAUUGCAGUUGAUCCAGAAGCGUUUCAAGGUAGCAGCGCUUCAUGGUGAUAAAGAUCAGGCAUCCCGAAUGGAAACCCUGCAGAAGUUCAAGUCAGGAAUUUAUCAUGUUCUAGUUGCUACUGAUGUUGCUGCUCGUGGACUCGACAUCAAGUCAAUCAAGUCAGUGGUUAAUUUUGAUAUUGCCAAAGAUAUGGAUAUGCAUGUUCAUCGUAUUGGAAGAACAGGUCGUGCUGGUGACAAAGAUGGAACUGCUUACAGCCUUAUUACGCAGAAAGAAGCACGUUUUGCUGGGGAGUUGGUAAACUGUUUGAUUGCUGCUGGGCAAAAUGUAACUAAUGAACUUAUGGAUCUUGCUAUGAAGGAUGGAAGGUUCAGGGGAAGACGCGAUGCAAGAAAAGGUGGAAAGAAAGGAGGUAAAGGGAAAGGUGGCGGAGGGCGAGGCGUUCGUGGUGUUGACUUUGGUUUGGGUAUCGGUUAUAAUCCUGAGUCAACAAGCACAUCUCAGUCUGCUGCUCCCAGUAGAUCGGCUGCUGUUAAUUCUUUGAGGACUGGGAUGAUGGCUCAGUUUAGAAGCAACUUUGUUGCUGCCUCUUCUAAUUCCCCAAAUGAUGUUAGUAGAGCUUCAAGACCAUUGUUGCCUGGUUUUGUUUCUGGUGGUUCCAUUGGUGGGGAAGCAUACAUGGCAUCACAGACAAACUCAAUCUCUUCUUCUGCUUCAGUAGGAAGUACUUUCCAAAACGGAAUUCAGAGGAAGGCUGAGAGCUCCCAUGACAAGCCCAGGGAAAGAAAGCGGCCUUCCGGAUGGGAUCGAUAGUUUUCAAUGUAUAAUAUGGUACUGUUUAUGGAAAAUAACAUUUUGUAUUCCAGAAUGUCUUUGCGAGCUUAUCAACAAUCUAUGUCGAUAUAUUAAGUUGUUUAUUCAAUCCCAAUAGCCUAUCUUUUA